CAGCACAUGCUCUCUUAGCUGUGCAGUUGGAGGGUCUAUUUUUGAAAAGCACCAACACAGGAGGAUGUGGUCUCUGUAUUGUUUCCCUUCGUUGGCGUUUCUCAGUUGUGGUACAUCUGGGAUGAUCUAGGACACAGAUUACAGUGCUCACUGGUAAGAUUUAUCUCGCUUUGCUGGUUGUCUCUAAUUUUAUGCGCAUUAAAAACAUUUAAGCAGCAACUUGCAUGUGCAUCUCUGCUCAUAUCAGGCUGUCUGUACCUCGUUUUAGAACGAGCAUCUAUCACCCAGCUUAUAAGAGACCUAACUGCAAACUUUAAUUCAACCUCUGCAGAUUUCCUGUUCCUCUUCUUUUGUUGAAAGCUGUUGAUGUAACCGGGCUGUCACGCCAUAAAAAUACAUUUGAUUGGCUUAAAGUGCAGCAAUCCUAUUGUGUCAAGUUCCCAUCAAAUAAUGUUUGUUUUUUUGUUUUUUUGCAUUGUGGCACGUCAUGUUUACAUGGCAGGCCUGAACAAUAUAGCCUGAAAGCAUACAAUGGAUUAACACCUGCUUCCUCAGUGGACAAUUGAUGGACUUGCUCGCUGCUACGGGAUAUGCCAGGUAGCUGCUGCAAACAAAUACUUCCAGCAUAUCCUUGUUGGUCAUGUGCUAUGCCCAGAUGUAGUUAUUUUGUGCCCUGCAGCUUUAGAUUUUAAGCUUGAACUACGACUACGAAGCCACAGCGUGACUAAAAGUCAUUGUCUGUGUCAGUGACUUGUUUCAUGUUCCGCUUUAAUUCCUGUUUUUCUGUAUCCUCUGUUACGGUCGUUCCCAAGUAGAGGAUGUGUUUGUGUGUGUCUUCAUGUACACAAACACAUUACACAAAGUUUGAAAUCCUUACCUAUAAGAAAUACCGUAGGCAGCUGAAAGUAAGGGAUAUGUGGCUGAAACAUCUCAUUAGACUGGUGAUGUUGGUGAAAGGUCAGCUGAGUUCAUCUGACCAUGGAAGCAAGCCCCUUAAAAAAAUAAAAGUUCGGCGUCACCACUAUGUUGCAAUACUGUGAACGCUCUGCAUGUCUACCCAUGUCUAAAGAGAGUAGUUCCAUUUUUCUUUUAAAAUUUCAACUGGACUCUUUAUCCACAUUUCAAGCUACAUAUUUUUGGUUGUUGCUGAACUCUUUGGAUAAUUUGCUAUUCAAAAUAAUGCCUACAUAUUUUACACUGGGCCUGCUGUCUAAAACAAGCUGUUGUUACUCUUCUUCCCCUUCCUUUAAGCUAAUUGUCUUCUCAUUGACUGCCUCUGGUAAACAAGUUUGGACAGCAGGUGGGCGGGGCUGUUGCGCCUGAGAUAACCAUAUAAGGGAUAUCCUAUCUCAGUGACAUCAUAUGAAGCUGAGACAAGAAAAAAGUGCUGGAAAACACAUGUUUGGAGCAGUCUGAAGCCUUGAAACGUUUUGCUCACAUUAUUUCAUUAGGCAUGCUUAAUAUGAGCAUCGACAAUAUAUAUAUAAAUGACACAAGAUGUUCCCUUUAAUUUACACUGUAUGCCUCAGAGAGGCCUUUUCCCGUUUUGAUUGGUUGAGAUUAGCCCAUUUUUCCAGUUACAGCUUCCUUAGAAAAAGUACCAGGGGAAAUAUUCCUUCUCAUCCAUGUCAUAGGGUGUGAUCUGAGUUUAAGUAAAUACUGCAGCAAACCAUGUCUCAGGGGAAUCUGCUCAUGCUGCUACCUACUUCACUGUGCGCUUUUUAUUGCAGCUAAAUGUGUGAACGCCCAAACCACAGGUGCAUGUAAGUGAAUUCCAGCAAUUCUUUUUUUCUUGUGCAACCAUGUUUACUUCAAAGUCACACAUUUGCUUGAUUUAGGACUAAAGAGGCUCAAAUAGGAAGUUGUCCGUUUGUAAGUCAUUUCCAAAUUGCUUGUGAGUCACAUGAAUGUGGUGUCACCAGCUGAUUUUAAGAAUGAAAAAGUAGAAGUUGUUGAGCUGUUUUCCACCAGCUCAUCUCCGGUCCACUCCCCCAGUCUGUGACUCACUGGCAUUACUAGGAAGUGCCAGUCUGCUGUGUUUUUUUACCCUGCUGUGGACACUGGUUGGACACUUGCUGUUUGCUUGUGAGAGCAAGUGUUGGUCUGGAAAGGGAUAAACAAUGAUUGUAAAGUGUGGCCAGCACCAUCAGUGGGAAGUCUGAGUGACUGAAGAGACCAGAGACCAAAAGAGACCAAAGCAUCAAAGGGAGUAAUUUAGCUUUUUUUCUAUUUGUCUGCCUCAGUAGAAGACGAUGCAAACACUGGAUCAGAGCUCGUGCACCGAGGAUCGAAUCCAGCAUGUCCUCGAGCGCUGCCUCAGUCACCUGGGUGUCGACACUCCUGACACACAGCUCUGGAAAGCCGGACUGUGCAUCAAUCGCUGGUCUUUGGAGGAACUUGUGAAGAGAGAUCCCCACAACUUCCUCAUCCUUCUACAGCAAAUACUGAGGAAAACAAAGGAGGUGCUGGAGCAGUGUCAGUAUGAGCUGGUUGUGCCGCUCUCACUCUUGUUCUCUUCCACCCUCCUGAGAGCUCCUUACUUGCCAGCAAACAGUGGCGUGCUGCAGGACGCCAACCUGUUGUUCCAUGGUUUCCUGUCCUGGCCCGAGCCCUGCAGUUCUGCUGCUAAACGUCUGCUUAAUGUCAUCCAGCAGGAGCUCCGAGCACCAGGUAUUUCAUUUCAAAGACUGGUAAGGACGGAGCAGGGUAUUUCCCAUGAGAUUCACGGCUCUAAAACCAUCACGGUACUGCUGGUGAGUCCAGACGAUGAUGUUCCUACAGAGGUGCAGUCUGUCUCCGAGCAGCUGAGUGCCUCCCAGCAUUGCAGCAGAGACGUCACCAUCACUCUGAUCCUGCACAGCUUUCAGGCAGCUCUGGGCACCAAACAUGACCUACAGGAGCUCCACAAAGCCCUGCAGAGUAAGCAGCCUGAGGAGCUGGACCAGAUUCUGCAGUCACUGACGGAAAGCAUGGAGAUGGCAGCCUCUGCAGCAGAUCUUGGAUCAGCGAAAGAGAGAAUACUCCAAAGAAUGGAGAGGCUCAAAGAAAGCCUUGCUAUACCUGCUCGUGCCGAUGAAGGCACAGACAUGGCUGUUGACAUUUUCACGCUGCCCUUCCCCAAAUGCCACAAAUGCUACUGGGAAAAUGAUAACUUUGAUGUUCUGAAACACAUUCUUGGAGCUCAGAAUGACAUGGAUUCGUCAGACUGUUUCCUUAAAACCGGACUUGACGAUGAUGACAAUAACGACACCAGCUUUGAUGAGGAAGACGAACCGGAAGGAAACAAAGAUGAGUUUCAAAGUCAUCGCAUCUCCACCGCGUCCUCGUCCUCCAGGGACUCCGGCUAUUCUCUGUCUUCCAGCUGGUCUGUGCCGUCUGGCUCAUCGGGUGUGGAAUCGGGCGAGGAGACAACACAGGAGGACAUAGAGGAAAGACCAGACAGCCAGCCCAAACCUAGAAAGAAACCAAAGAAGAAGUCUAGAUCCCUCCUAGGCUUCUCUUUGCUUUUCAAGCCCUCUCGCAGUCCUAGGGUUUGCCGCCGUGUCCAGAGCAUGGCCUACCACAAAGACUUUGAAAGAACUCAGUCACACCUCAAACCCUCCAAAGUUCAUCCCCUUCAUGAGUCCCCUGCUCCCUUGGAUCCUCUUUCCCCUCAAAAGCAUUUGUGCGUCCGCAGGAGACCAAUCCUGAGUUGCAACGAGGAGGAUCUGGUAGAAGCACCUACCCUCGUCAAGGUGGUGGUGUUUGGAGGUGACAGAGAGGCUGGAAGGCUGGCCAGAGCCUACAGCGACCUGCAUCAGAAAGAGAGCAAAUGUCCCCAGCUCACCAAGGUGUGCAAGCUGCAGUUUUACUUUGUUCCCACCAAAAGACAAAGUGGAAGUCCGGGAGGAGGGCACACACCAACUGAGGAGCGGAUAGUAGGUUUAACCAAAACCACUACCUCUUUGGACUCAAAUGGCCUUGCAGUGGACGACUGGACGACAGAUAUAGCUCACAUGUUGGGUAUAAUGGAUCCCUGGUAUGAGCGAAAUGUCCUCAGUCUGCUCAGCUUGUCCUCUGACGUGCUCUCUCAGGCGGCCUCUAAGGAUGACAGCGUCUCGCACAGCAACGGCGGUACAGAGCAGCUGCCACUGCUGGCUGAUUUGGUGCUUUAUUACUGCAGACAUGCAGACCAGCCUGUUCUGGUGCAGCUUUACCAGGUUGAGCUCACCCUGGUUGGAGGAGAGAGGAGAAGGGAAGUAUUUAUUCAGUCUCUGGAGCUCGGACACACAGCUGGAACCAGAGCUGUGAAGGCCAUGGGUGCUGCCAGCAAAAGGUUUGGCAUUGAUGAGGAACGAGAGGCUGUCCCUCUAACACUAAGCCUUGCAUACAACAAGGUGGCAAUCAGUGGGAGGAGCCAGUGGAUCAAUAAAGAAAUCAUGUGCACAUCGAUUAAUCUUCACAAACAGUGGAGGACACCUCAGCAGCUCGAUUCAGCAGAGAGCCUGCAGCUCACAAUGACUGAAGUCCUGAAGAGGCAGUGCUCCAAGUCCAAAAAGGGCUACAAACAGCACAUCUCAGUCUCAGAAGUGAAGGUGGACAAGAUGCAGGUGAACGGGAGAGAUCCCGGGACGACGUUUGCUGUGUGUUUGGAUCAGGAUGAGAAGAAGUUUAUUCAAAGUGUCACCAGGUGUGAGGUGUCUCUGUGCUGUAAGCCGGGAAGCGGUUUGGACUGGAGGACCUACCAACCGCUGCUGGGCCAAGUUCAGCCUCUGCACCCAUCCUACUGCUCUAUGCUCUGCCUCCCCAUCACCUCUUUCUCGUCCUCGUAUCCAUGACCAGCUCGGUGCCGCACUGAAGAAGAAGAAAGCUGUGGGAUUCUUUCUAAUGCUGGGAUGUUUGAGGACAGAGACACUGUACAGCUGGUGAAAAAUAAACAGACUGACAAAGAGUGACAUUUUUUCAUGCGUGCGCCACAAUUGAGAUUAAGGUGUGCCGCCCUGUUGUUAAGGAAGUGUACGCAUCUUUUUCUUCUGACACACUGGCACGCUCACUGCAUAAUGAGGAAUGUGGGUGUACUUGUCGGUGUGUUGGGGGAUUUUACAGGUUCUUGUCUUACCGGCACUGUUUGUGUAGGGGUGGGUUAAAAUCUGCUGUGGGUGAUUUGAAAACUGAUUACUUGAGUACUAAUGUGUACAUUUUCAAGUCAAUAAUGUUGUGUAAUAAAUUAAGCUAUUUAUUCUCAUGUGUUGUUGGUUUUUUAAACCUUCAUGAGCAUUUGCAUUUCAUUUUGUUUUUGUAGCUCAUCCAACUGAAAUAAAGACUACACUCAUCUGUGUUUGGAUAGUGA